CUAGUUACCUCUCUCUUUCUGCCUAAUGAAAAUAUCCAAGAAGCUAGUAGAGCAAAUAUCAUUAACAAAAAACGCGCAGAAUUCAGUUAGAAGCCAUAUCUUCGAUUGACCUAUAUAUAUGUGUGUGUGUAUAGACUAUAGAGUCAUGAAGCAAUUAACAUUAUUUCAUUCAGAUCGAUUCAACAAGCAGUACACCAAAUUAAGCAUUUGUUUGUGUCUUCAUCCUUUUACUAUGAAGAGAAGCAGAGAAGAGGAUAGUGAUGUAGAAGCACUAGCCAUGGCUAACUGCUCCAUGCUUUUGUCUCGUUUAAACAAUAACACUAUCAAAACUUCAUCGUUUGAAUGCAAGACAUGUAACAAACGAUUCUCAUCUUUUCAAGCACUUGGCGGCCACAGGACGAGUCAUAAAUCGCUGAGAUCAUCAUCCAUAGACGCCAGAAGCAAAUCCAAAAAAACAAAGAAUAAUAAUAUGCACCAGUGUUGUAUUUGUGGGAUGGAGUUCUUUAUGGGGCAGGCUUUAGGUGGACAUAUGAGGUGUCACCGUGCCCCAAUCAAUGUACCAGUUUUGAACAAUUCGAAUAGUAGUAGUAAGAGAAUAUUAUGUCUGGAUCUUAAUUUAACCCCUGAUGAUCAGAACGAUGAUUUUAAGUUAUGGCCGACGGCACCUGCUCCUGUUUUGCGCUGCUUUAUCUAAUUCCCGCACACUUCCAUUACUUUUAGGACUAGCACUUUUUUUUUUUGGUUUUUUGGUUACUUUAUAUAUUAUAUUAUAAGAAAAAUUAAAUUACGAUGAAUGUCUACUCUACUUCAUUUUGUAUGUAUCAACAUUCUACAGCUAUUAUUUACUUUU